AUGGCUAAGCGGACGCUGGAGUCUUUUUACAAACCAGUCACGGCUCCAAAGAAGGCCAAGAUUGAAGAGUCAACUCCUCCCACUCGCCAUCCGAGUUAUCCCCAUCCCAUCGCCAAUCUGUCCGCGGCUAUUGUCAACCCCCUUGCAAAUAUCAACCUCACAUCUCACGCCCGCCGAAAAGGAAUCAGCCAUCGACCUCAUCUCGACCUGCUUUAUUUCCAGCCGUUUAUACCACCGCCGGUUGCACAGGAUCUCUUCAUCUUUCUCCGCCAGGAACUGCCCUUCUACCGCGUGCAGUACACCAUUCGUCGCGGAUCGACCGACACGCAAAUUGUCACUCCUCGCUUUACCACGGUCUUUGGCGUAGAUGCCACCUCGCAGUUUAUUCCUAGCUUCGCAGCUCCCGAUCCCGAUCUCACCAGCUCCUCGACUCUGGUGGAUAGUCGAAGCCACCAGCGAGUCUCUCCCAGCAAAUACCAAUCUGCUCCUCGCCCGAUUCCAGAGUGUCUGGAUACCUUACGACGAAGGGCUGAAGCUGCAAUUGGCGAUGGGGCAACCUUUAACUUUUGUCUGGUCAACUACUACGCCUCUGGGGAUGAUAGCAUCUCCUACCAUUCGGACGAUGAGCGGUUCCUGGGACCGGAUCCGUGCAUUGCGUCGCUGUCGCUCGGUGCGCCGCGCGAUUUUCUUAUAAAGCAUAAGCCCCCAGUGAUAUUGAUCGGACCCCCUCUCAAGUUCUCGCUGGCCUCGGGAGAUAUGAUUGUUAUGCGCGGCCAGACGCAGGCCAAUUGGCUACAUAGUGUGCCCCAACGGAAAGGAGGCGAUGCGUACAAGGGGAGAAUUAAUAUUACCUUUCGCAAAGCUGUAAUCCCGGGAGGAACAAAUAAUUACUAUACCUACAAUGUUGGCAAGGGGGACGUUUAUCGAUGGAACGAGGGAGAGAGAAAGAUGUGUGUUGGGAAGUAGUUCGACUGAUAUAGCUGUACAAAGCUAUUCCGGAGCAUUUCUUUCUUUCCACGCACCGGAUUGCAACAAUGAUACGGGGUAUACUUGCGGGGUAUUGCAGGUUGGGGGACUGUGGAGGGAAAACAUCCGGGUUUGUUAUGAAGAAAGAGUCGCAAAGGACAUGACCUCGUAUGGUCUUUAGAAGGGAGGGGGAUUAAAAGGCCGCGAGGUCCGCAAUAUCCUCACUUUCUGGCCUUUGGGAAUCUCGG